GCCAUCUGAAAGCUCUGGCGGGAGACAACGCAUUGACCGCAGCUCGUAUUUGUCAGUUUAAGUAACGGGUUUCGCGAAAUAACAUCUGUUUUACGUCUACACGUUAUUCUCGAUCAUAGUUUGAAUUCUUUUUCCUUUUAAUUUGGGAGGAGAGGCAACCUAGACUUCUCUAUUCCCCUGGUUUAACAGCAGAGUCUGCGGUAUUGGACUAAUAGCUCGCAAGCUAAGAAGUGAAGCCAAAUCCUCAAACGUUUUACUGGAAAACGUCUGUUGAGUAAUUGAAUUUGUUCUCGAUUUAUUAGUCUUGCAUUGUUUUUUGGGGGGGGGAAUUGUGUCAAUUUCCUUGAUACUGCAGUAAGGUUAGAGCAAUGGCAAAAGUGCAAGUGCUAAAUGUAGCUGUCCUGGACAACCCGAGUCCGUUUGGAAACCCGUUUCAAUUCGAAGUAACAUUUGAGUGCAUGGAGGAUCUUCCCGAAGAUCUCGAAUGGAAGAUUAUUUACGUGGGCUCAGCGGAAAGUGAAGAGUAUGAUCAAACUCUUGACUCUGUCCUGGUUGGUCCAGUUCCUGCAGGCCGACAUAUGUUUGUGUUUCAGGCGGACGCUCCAAACACUGGCCUAAUACCCGAGAGUGAUGCUGUGGGUGUCACUGUUGUUCUGAUCACAUGCACAUACAGAGGACAGGAGUUUAUACGCAUCGGCUACUAUGUUAACAAUGAGUACACGGACACUGAGCUUCGUGAGAACCCGCCCCUCAAACCUGACUAUGGACAGCUCCAGAGGAACAUUCUGGCUUCCAACCCACGUGUAACCAGAUUUCACAUCAACUGGGAGGGAUGUGCUGAGAAAAUGGAGGAUUCCGAGAACGUGGACCCUGCACCCAACACCAUGCUGCCCCCAUCCUGCACUCCGGGAAAAGCACCUCCACUCGGCCUGGUGCCGGACAACUCCAUGGACUGUUUGUAGUGACGCAGGCUCCUGUGAAUAAUCCUCACAUCUCAAGGCUCAUCCGUGAGCUCAGGUCAAUCUGGACACUGUGGAGGAGAGGCGGGAUUAUUCAAACACAUCAGGAAAAAAAAAAAAAUUUAUCUAAUUUUGAUACAGUUGCCAAAUGUAUUUGAAACAAAUCAGUGGUGUUGUGCAGCAUAUGGCAAAUCCUCCAGUAUGCAAUAAACAUGCUUGCUUUUCAGUUUGAAACAUGAAUGGAGAGCUGAUGAGUCAUGAAUCUAAGACAUGAUUUAGGUAUUAGGAUGUGCUGCAUUUUGAACUUUUGAUCCAAAACAGAUCCUUCCUCAAACCGAAGGAAUGGAAGAUCAGCUCAGCAGAUAAGAUGUCAGAUGCAUAAUUCAUUUAACAGACACAAUCAGCAGUCAUUUUGUAAAAGGUUGCAGCGGACAAUAUUUUUGUAUGUGGG